GCUUUAUACUACUCCAAGUAUUUUCUUGCCACAAUUUCUCGUUUCCAUCAAGAUCUUAAACCAUCUUUGUCACUAACAUGCCAAGAAAAGGAUGGUGGCAACUUGGUCCUUCAGCAAGAAAAUCUGAGUCUUGAUUCUGCAAUGUUAUUGGGGAGCAGUGAUGCGCACAAAGUUACUAUUCUUAAUCUUCCAGAAGAGCAUCCUUUACCUUCCAAUGACAUUCCUACUAGCAAUGCAAAUGAAAGCUGCAUGUAUGGUAAAGUUGGUUUAUCAAAAGGGAAUGGUGGGGGUAUGAUUUAUAAGCCAUUUUCAGGUGAGCGGUUGGUGCCUAUAUUGCCUUGGGUGAAUGCAGAUGGGACCAUCAACAAGUCCGUCUACAAUGGAUUUGUACGCCGUGUUCUUGGUACUGUGAUGCAAAAUCCUGGGAUAUUGGAGGAUGAUAUCAUCCGCCGGAUGGAUGUACUAAAUCCCCAGGUAUGCUGUUAUAUUUUCCUUCUCUUCAGGUUAAAGGCGGAAGCUUGUGGCCAUUAUGUUGAAUGCCUUGCUUCACCCCGAGCGCUAAGAUGGGAAAAUGGAUAAUUGAUGCUCAUCAUAUAGUAAACGAAUUAGGUUUUCGGACAAAAAUAUUUUGAACAGUUAGACCCGAAUUUUUCUGCCAACUUGCAAU